AACCACUCGCCUCGCUGUUUCAGUGUGUUUACUACACUGGCCAGCAUAGGGGGAGACACUCGUCUUCACAUGCACUGAGAACAACUGUUAUUUAGUUGUAUUUGCGUGAAAACCUCCAAGAUCUCAACAUGCCCAGGAGAAAGAGACAAGAAACAGAAGACGAGGAGCCCAAGAGGAGAUCAGCUCGGUUAUCGGCGAAACCGGCCCCAGCUAAGGAGGAACCAAAGGUCAAGAAGGCAGCAAAGAAAGAAAAGGCUGUGAACGACAAAAAGGAGGACAAGAAGACCAAGAAGUCAAAGGAGAACGCCGAGGCAGAGGCCAAUGAAGAAAACCACUCUGAGAACGGCGAGGCCAAGACCAACGAGGUGGAGGAAGCCCCCGAGGAGACCAAGGAGGCCAAGUCAGAGUAGCACCACUGCCCCAGCGUCCCUCCCUCCCCAGCCCCAACACAGCUCCUCCCCUUGACGCUCCCCUCUCAAGUCUCUCACACGGUUUCCCUCCAAGGCGUAUUGUUAACAGAGGAAUAUUUUUAUCAAUGAUUUUAUAAGUAUCCGUACAGAUUUUUAGCACAAAAAGCAAAGCUGAUUAUGGAGCACCUUGCAGAUUUGCAGUGGUCAUAUCAAGUGUCUGCAAGCAAGAAAAACACACUAAAAUCUUUUUUAAAUGGCAUUUCGUGAUUGUUGAAGGCUUGUUUGGUGUAGAAAGUGUGUCCCCUGCCCCGCAACCACCCUCUGCUGGAUUGGCUUUGUCGUGACUUGUGUAGUUGUGUGUUUUUCCCUUCACUUCCUCUGCAGAUUUAGACCCUCCUCUCCAACAGUUCGGCCUCCUACCCAUGUUUUAUUAACGGUUCAGCCAUGUUAUAACGUGGCUGCUUCUUUUAGACCUUUUAAUGUGCAGUGACUUCCCUUUUUGCUUGUGUCUCAUGAGCUCGUUUUUUUUUGGUUCUCAUUGAAAAUGUGUUUUUUGAAAAGAAUUGCGUGUUGUCCUUAAGAACGAGGAAGACGAACAUGUGAAACAUUCCUGGAACAGCAAUGCCUCCGACCUGUCUCCUAGAAGACCCUGCAUUAUGAGAAAGAAGAGAAGAACACAGCUCCUGCUCCAUCCAUGCUGUCGUGUCAGCUUUUUUAAACACUGUUGGGUUUUUUUGUUUUUUUUUUGGAAAGCAAUUUGAAUUGGGAAAUCUCACAAACGCAGGUGUCCGGUCCCGCUCUUAUGUUCUGAAAUUCUCUUAAUAAAAACAAGUCCUGGGAAUUUUCCUCAAAUUGUUGCUUGUCUGGAGACUUUUUUAAAAAAUCGUGCCAUAUCUCGCAAACGACUGAGGUUGGGAGAAACUCAGAAUCCAAGAUGGCCUCAUCUUAAAUGCAUUAAAAUGAUGCAUAAUACAGGGCAACACAUAAAUAAUGAUUGAACUAACACAGCCAUGUUCAUGUUCUAUGCAUUUUUGAUGAAGUCAAGUCUGACCUGAUCAAGGUCAUGCGUCUGGCUAAAAUCCUCUUUGGAGGCCAAGCUUUCCAGUAACGCCAUCUUCGCUUCAUGUAACGUCCUGAUGCCACUUUCAUGUUUUAACGGCCCUUAAGGCUUCCCAUGUUCACAUUUAACUCGACGUGAACUCAAGCGUGUGUUCCAUGACCCACAUUCAUUCACAUGCAUGCAUUCUCAAUUAAGUAUCAGAGUAUUUCCAAACAUUUCCAGCCACACUUGUCCCACAGUCAUCGAUCUGUCUGCAAGUGGGUGUUGCUUGGCUAAGUGACUCUGGCUUACUGUUUUUAUAAUAUGGUCCAUGUUUACUAAUGCCCUUCUCGAAAAAUGGGGUAUUUUUAAAUGAGAGUGUGAAUCAUAGCUUUCUGUUUCUCAUACUGCCGUGGCUGCAAAUAAACAUUACAACUAGC